CUCUUUACCGAUACGUCACUAGUAAACAAGCCGCUGUGUUUGGUGGAAGUUUGCGACUGUUCUUUUUGUGUCGUUUGUAUCCGCGUUCAGCCAUGGGGAAGUCGUUUGCUAAUUUUAUGUGCAAGAAGGAUUUUCACCCAGCCUCAAAAUCCAACAUAAAAAAGGUAUGGAUGGCGGAGCAGAAAAUAACCUUCGACAAGAAGAAGCAGGAGGAACUGAUGCAGGCUUACGUGAAAGAGCAGGAGACCUACAACAACAGACUGCUAAUGGGUGACGACCGGGUGAAAAAUGGCCUGAAUUUUAUGUAUGAAGCUCCUCCUGGUGCAUCCAAAGAGGAAACCAAAGAGGAAGGAGAAUCUGAGUAUAAGUUUGAGUGGCAGAAGGUAGCUCCUCGUGAAAAGUAUGCUAAAGAUGACAUGAACAUCAGAGAUCAGCCUUUUGGGAUCCAGGUGCGGAAUGUACGGUGUAUCAAGUGUCAUAAGUGGGGUCAUGUGAACACAGACAGGGAGUGUCCUCUCUUUGGCCUGUCAGGAAUCAACGCCAGCUCUGUAACAAAUGAUGAAGCAGGCCCGUCGAUGCACCCCUCCGAGUUAAUGGCAGAGAUGCGGAACAGUGGGUUUGCGCUGAAGAAAUGUGUCCUUGGGAGGAACGCCACUGUUUGUGAUCCAGCACAGGAGUUUGUGGCCAGUGAGGAAGAAGAUGAUCCUGAAGUCGAGUUCCUUAAAUCUUUAACCACGAAGCAGAAACAAAAGCUCCUCAGAAAACUUGACCGGCUAGAAAAGAAAAAGGACAAGAAGAAGAAAAGUAAAAAGGAGAAAAAGAAGAAACGCAAACCGAAGAAAAAGCCGACUGAGAGUUCCUCCAGCAGCACCUCAGACAGUAGCAGCUCAGAGUCUGAACCCGAAAGACACAAAGCUAAAAAAGAGAAGGGGAAAAAGAAGAGAAGGAUAGACUCAUCCAGUGACAGCAGUUCUGAUAGUGAGAGUGACGGAAGACAGAGAGGAAAAAACAAGGAGCAUUGCAAUAGAAAUCACGUUCCAAGUCCUGAUUCUAAGCGUAGCCGAGACAAGCACGCACGCAGGCAGUCAGACGAGCAGGACAGACGACGGGAAAAAGCUCCGAGGUCACCACAUAGAAAAGAAAGCCUACAGAAUGAGAGCAAAGAGACCGAAUGGAGGAAUAAGGACAAGGAGAGAAGAGGAGGUGGAGGAGAGAAGAGUGAACAUAGAACCAGCAGCAGAGAUGGUGAGAGAAAUCGGAGUUUGAGUAAAGAGAGAGGGAGGAAAAGGGGGGAUACAAGUUUGGAUAAUGAAAGGGUAAGGGAGAAAGAAAGGAGUACCAAACAAAGAAGUGUGAGUAAUGACCGAGGUAGAAAUGAAAAAGGAAGGAGUCAAAGCCGGGAUACACAACGAGAGAGUAAGGCGAUUAGGAAAGAGAGGAGUGAUGGCUUUGAACGAAAUAGAUGUGGAAAAGGAAGAAAUAGGAGUAGGGAGAGAGUAAGGAGCAGGAGUAGGGAGAGAAUAAGAGUGAGGACUGGGAGUAAGGAAAGAGUCAUGAGUAGAGGUAAGGAAACGGUGAGAGUCGGGAAUGAAAGGAACAGAAGUCCAAGAUAGGAAACUUGAGGGAGAGACCCAGAAGUAACAUUUUCCUAUUGGUGUAAUUAUAUGACUUGUGUUUUAAUGUGAAACUGUUUUGGGAAUACAUUGACCUGUAAUGAGUUUGUGUUUGCUGUAGUAAAAUUAGUUUGUAUGUCUGA